AGUGCUUAGAGAGAGAGAGAGAGGGAGAGGCAAAUAACUCAACAGGAACCGUUAAGCUGGAACCUAAACCGGCGCCAAAGACAAUAUUCUGUUGGGUGCUUUCUUUUUCGUUAACUUUCUCAACAGUGCAUGUCUCUCUGUCUCUCUCUGUCUCUCCUUAAAACCCAAACAAACAAACAAACCCGGUUUUCACUUUAAAAACCCAGACAAGUCUCUCCUUAAGGACUGCUACUACUCUACUCUGUUAAUUCUCAAGCUCAUUCAUAGUACUGACUCUGUCUCUCCGUCACCUUUUCCGUCUCUGCCAUGAUGGAGAAUGGUUUCUCCUCUCCCCGGAAUGAUUCGUUUCCUGCUGGUCUCCGUGUUCUCGUUGUCGAUGAUGAUCCCACCUGGUUAAAAAUCCUUGAAAAGAUGCUCAAGAAAUGCUCGUAUGAAGUGACCACUUGCGGUUUGGCAAGAGAUGCUUUGAACCUGCUUCGUGAGAGGAAAGGUGGAUAUGACAUUGUAAUCAGUGACGUCUACAUGCCUGAUAUGGAUGGUUUUAAACUUCUAGAGCUUGUUGGACUGGAGAUGGAUCUUCCAGUAAUUAUGAUGUCUGUUGAUGGAGAGACAAGCAGGGUGAUGAAAGGCGUUCAACAUGGAGCAUGUGAUUAUCUUCUUAAGCCUAUACGAAUGAAAGAACUCCGGAAUAUAUGGCAGCAUGUAUUCAGAAAGAAAAUACACGAGGUAAGAGAUAUUGAAAUUCUCGAAGGGAACGAAAGUUUUCAAAUGACUAGAAAUGGAUCAGAUCAAUAUGAGGAUGGGCAUUUUCUCUGUGGAGAAGACCUUACUUUGAUAAAGAAAAGAAAAGAUAUCGAAAGCAAGCAUGAUGAAAAAGACAUUGGUGAUAAUACUUCUACAAAGAAAGCUAGAGUAGUUUGGUCUGUAGAACUUCAUCAGAAAUUUGUCAAAGCAGUAAAUCAGAUAGGAUUUGAUAAAGUUGGUCCAAAGAAAAUACUUGACUUGAUGAAUGUGCCACGUUUGACAAGGGAAAAUGUCGCUAGCCAUUUGCAGAAAUACCGUCUCUAUUUGAGUAGAUUGCAGAAAGGAAACGAUUUUAACAACCCUGAUGGUAUGGUAAAGCAGUCGGACUCACCUUUGAGUGAUUCUGCUGGAAGUUUUGGCUCUCAGAAUUCAAUCAACUUGCAGCCAACUGAUGUUUCAAAUGGGUGCUAUGGAUUUUCUGGCAGUAGCUUGGUUCUUCAAAAUGUGGAUCCCAGAAGCCACGAUGGUGAUAGAAAGAUACUUGUUACAACGCCUGUGGCAGAACCCAAAAGAGGCUUAACAGUUGAUGCUCCCAAUCCUCGUAAACCCAGGAUUUCACAGAUGGAAUUUGGUCAUCCGAUUGCACCUCCACGAUCAGAAGUAAAUUUUGCAACAUUUGAUUCUUCCUUCCCAUCCAAGUAUCCUUGGUGUGGAAUUCCAGGGAUUCCACUCAAACAAGAACAUAAUCCACUUCAUUUGAAUGAUGGGUUUAGCCACCUACCAAUGCCUCGUCAAAAGCAGCUUACACGAGCUGAUUAUCCACAGCCUGCUCCAGCCAUCAGUUCUGCACCUUCCUUGACAGAAAGAGAAAUUGGUUGCCCUGUCAAAAUUAAGCCUUCACGUAAUGACUACAGCAGCAAUGCCUGCCAUGUAAGUUCAACAGCAAGUGCAGUUGACUCUAUCCCUCUUCAAACGAAGACCAACUCGACAAAUCAUCAAGUGUCAAGCACUUCUAGUAUGGAAAAUCAAGGCUUGAAUAUGAAUUGCCUUACAGGUGUGGAAUCUUCCAGAAAAAACAUAAAUUUGGGAAUGCCACCUUUCGCUCCUUUGGAUAAGGACUUGCAAGUAUGUUUUGUUCCAGGUGAUUACUAUAUGAAUCUCGGGCUCCAAAACAUAGAGGUUCCGGAAUAUUUUGACCCAAGUCUUCUCACAGACGUACCGAUACACUUGAAUGAUGGGCUGAGGUUUGACUAUGAGUUCUAUGACCCCACAGAAUAUUCUCUAAUAGAUCAAAGCUUGUUUAUAUGAUGAUCUCCGUCUCCCUUCAAUGAUGAAGGAUCACCUGGCUUUUCUUUUCCUGUACCAAUAUAUUAGAGGGGUAAUCUAACUCUGGGUUGGGAUCUUAUAGUUUCGAUCGGUCUGGUCUUGCAUGUUGAAACAUGUACAAGCAUAAUAGGGUUCCCUUUUCAUGUCUGGCUCGGCUGGUACCUACAUUACUCUCUGCUGCAUGCUGCAACUCUCUUAUUCCUUGCAAAUUUUAUAAUUACAUGUUAUUAGCUGCUGGAAGUUGAAAUC